AUGGCAGCUCGAGCGAUAAGUGAGAGUUCGAAUAGUUCAGAGCAGAAUUCAUCCGACGAAAGUGAUUUUUACGGCGUAAAUUUAUAUGACAGCGAUGUAGCUGAAACUUCAGAACCUUCUGAAGACACAGGUCCGCGUCCCUAUCGUUACGAGCCUCGCAGAGUUCAACGAGAUGAUGGACAACAACAACAACAAAGCCGUGAGGACGAAAGCGAAAGUGAGAUGGAUCGUCUUGGCAACACAGACUGGUAAUUUUUUUUUGUGUGACUUAAAUUGUAUUGCUUAUACCUUUUGCCUUUAUUUUGGAUUAAUUUUAUCAUGAGACUAGGAUGAACUCAAGCCAUUAUGAAAGGGGUCCUUACUUUUUGUUAUUGUAAUUUAGGUGUGAGUGUGGAAUGUGUCAGACGAUGCCUUCAGUACCCGAAAGCGUAUGUUGUCAUGAAAUAGGGCAAAUAUGGCAAAAAAUUGAAGAGCAGACGGAGGUCCAAAUGUCCUGUAUUACAGAGCAUCCAGGAUUUCAGUCUACUUGCUUGGAUGUUUGGGUCCUUGAAACGGCGUAUUAUGCAUAUAGGCAACAACAUGGCACGGACGGUCAUAGAGGGCACGAGUAUGUUUACUAGUUCUGAAAUUUUUGCUAUAUACAUAAAACAGUUAUGAACAGUUUAUAUAUUACUGCAUAUUCGUAGUUAUAUAUUUAUUCCAACAUUUUUCCUCUCGUUCGUGUCUAGAAAAUUUCGCUACAUCGCUUAUCGCCAACUUGUGCGAUGGUGUUGGGGAAUUAUCUUGGCAGAAAAGUAAGAGUGGCGCUCCCUUCCUGUGCGGUAAACAAAAUACGCCAAAGAUUUCCUGCGGAUUUUGGCACCUCCUACACUGGUUUAAAGCCACCAAACGUACAAUAAAAUAGAAAGAG